AUGAAAUCAAUAGCUCCUAUUAUGCUUGAACCUCAUCUGGGGGAGCUGGGCAGUCCAAGAAGAAAACCUCGCAAUGACGCAGCGACCGGAGUGUCUGCAGCAGGUGUUCGCGCUGUCAGUGCACAAAUGGUAGCCUUUUACUUUAGGGCUCCGAUAAAGGCAUUCUUUCGUACCCGUGUCGAGCCUUUUCUGGCAUCUUUCUUGGAACAGGCAUAUGCAAGAGCCGUGAACCCUCGCGUUGCCGAAGGCAAAUGGUCCCUCCAUACAACCACCCCGGGGCUGUUACUCCAUGCCGUUCGAACAUACGGCUGGCGCUUUAUUCCCAAUCAAGUCCUACCACCCCUGAUGGCAAAUGCAGGGGUUGGUGCUGUCCUCUAUACAUCUUACCUCCAAGUACUGGGUUCCCUCCAUGAGCCCGUUUCCCAGGGAGCUAAGCGGGUCUGGCCCCCAGCCCCUCCUUCUGCGACGUUCACUGCGGGUUUCACUGCAGGAACAAUCCAGUCAAUCAUCGCUGCCCCACUUGAUGCUCUGCAAGUUCGCCUUCAGACCAGUGACAUGCUCGAGGGCCAAUACCGGAGCAUGUGGCACUAUGGUCACCAAAAGCUCAAACAGAUUGGCCUCCGCGGUGUCUUUGCCGGGUGGAGUCUCUCCUUUUUACGUGACUCGCUGGGCUAUGCCAUCUUCUUCUCGUCGUUUGAGUACAUCAAGUCUCAAUCCUACUAUUCCUUCGUCACUUGGUACUACGGGUCUCUGCAAACCAAUCGAGUGGAUAUGCUUGCCUCCUCGGAAGUCAGUGAGCGUGGAGUGCCGCUCAUCAAGCCUCAUUAUGCGUUGGAACCCUGCUUCCUCAUGAUGGCCGGCGUUGUGGCCUCGGUUGCCCAACAGGCGAUCCAACAUCCGUUGAGUAUUAUCCAGGAUCUCCAUUUGGGUCGACUGGAAUACCUGGAUCACCAAGUUAGCCUCACCCCGUCGCGACAGAAAAUGAUGCAAUUAUACUAUCAUGCAUAUCAAGAGACCUUCAAACGGUGCACGCGGAAGGCGGCGCGUGUUGGGGGUUGGCGCCCGUGGCUCUUCCGGGGGUUUCUGGGGGGAGCCAUCCGCCAAGUGCCAAGUACUAGCGCUGGGCUGGUGAUCUUCGAGUUGGUCCGUCGACGAUAUGCCAGCUUGGCCGACGCUGUCCAUAUCGAAAAGGAUGGAUAUGACAUCUUGCUCACAUAG